CCUGGCUACUUUGAAAAAGGUCUAUCAUGGCCGUUUGUAGAACGGCGUCAUAAAUAGUAUCUGUUUAUUUGUGCGAAAUAGUGAUUUCUCCAAAUUAUACUGUUUUUCUGUGGCAAGAAUUGAUAUCAUGUGAUUAGUGAUAUAUUAUAAAGCUGCGAAUGUGCGAUAAUGUAUUGAAAAUCAUAUCGCGUAACGAUGUCAAACAAUACAGUUGGCUCAUCGGGGCCAGCUCCCGGCAAAAUACGUGGACCUGGAAGACCACCAAAACGCACCUGCACUUGGUGCGCUGAAAGUAAGACGCCUCUCAAGUACGUUUGGCCGACUGAAAAUAGUAAAAAAGAGUUUUGUUCGGAAACGUGUCUAUCAGAAUUCAGGCAAGCGUACAGCAAAGGUGCCUGCCUUCAUUGCGAUACGGUUAUUCGAGGUAAUGCUCCCUCGAACAGUAAGAACUUUUGUUCUACGUACUGUUUAAAUAAAUAUCAAAAGAAAAAUGAAAAACGGACGACCUCUCCUCACUCCGGCAACGGAGCCAACGGCUCCGAAAAUCAUUCUAAUAACAACACAACUGGAACUUUCUAUGAUAUUUACCAGACUUUCGAUUGGGCGGAAUAUAUGAAAGAGACCAAUAGUACGGCCGCGCCGCAGGAAUGUUUCAAACAAGCAGCAGUGCCACCUGACAAUGAUUUCAAAAUCAAUAUGAAGCUGGAGGCUUUGGAUCCGCGCAACUUGACAUCGACGUGUAUCGCGAGCGUAGUCGGCGUGCUCGGGCCGCGGCUGCGGCUGCGGCUCGACGGCAGCGACAACAAGAACGACUUCUGGCGGCUCGUGGACGCGGGCGACAUACACCCAAUUGGACAUUGUGAGAAAAAUGAAGGCAUGCUGCAACCUCCACUAGGUUUUCGAAUGAACGCAAGCAGCUGGCCAAUGUUUUUGCUCAAAACACUGAAUGGGGCAGAAAUGGCCCCAGCAAAGGUGUUCCAACCUGAGCCUCCAACUCCCAAGUCAAAUCUGUUUGUAGUUGGACAGAAGCUAGAAGCAGUAGAUAAAAAAAAUCCUCAGCUCAUUUGCUGUGCAACAAUAGGGGCUGUGAGAAAUGACCAGAUUCAUGUUAACUUUGAUGGCUGGAGAGGAGCAUUUGAUUACUGGUGUAAAUAUGAUUCAAGAGAUAUAUUCCCUGUUGGCUGGUGUGCCAGGGCUGGCCAUCCAUUGCAGCCACCAGGGCAGAAAAGUGCUACUACACCAUCCAGGUUUAAGUUCCGAACCAGUGGAAUACCAAAUCCAGCCUUACCAGAAGGUGGCUCCACUGGGGCUGGUAAUUCUACUACUAUCACAUCAACACCUGCGGCAACUGUGAGGUUGCAUAUCCGCAGUGGCUGCUCCGGGGGCAGCAGUUCCUUGCCCAGUGUGAUCUCAGGCUCCGGGCCCUCCGGGGCUGCAGAGGCUUUAGCUAAAGACUUGCUUAGUGUUCAUCCUGACCCUCAGAGGUUGACACGGGCUAUACUUACAGCAUCUAGUAGCUAUUCAAAUAUAAAUAAUGUACAGGUUUCAACAGGGAGUAAGAAUUACACAGUAAAAGUGCCAUCAGAACUAACAACUGACGAGUUGAAGAAUUGGCUCAAAGCUGUGUGCGAGGGACUGAACUGUUGCUUGGGGAUGAUAGAGAUUGAUUCAGGAGAUGCUGCGGGCCGGUCCUGCCAGCUGUGUGGAGAGUCCCAUUCAGAGAGUGUUUCUACAGCCGUCAAGAGGACUACAAGUGAGUCGGGUUCUGGCUCGGGCGGCAGCGGCGGCAAGCUGGCGCGCGUGUCGGCGGAGCGGACGGAGGGCGUGGCGUCGUCCACGACGGGCAGCGCGGCCGCGCCGCCGCCGCCCGCCGCCGCCGCCGCGCCGCCCGACUGGUCCGUGGAGGACGUCAUCGGCUUCAUCGCCGCCGCCGACCCCGCGCUCGCCGCGCACGCCGACCUCUUCCGGAAACAUGAAAUCGAUGGAAAGGCGUUACUACUUCUCAAUUCAGACAUGAUGAUGAAGUAUAUGGGUUUAAAGCUUGGCCCGGCCCUAAAAAUCUGUAAUUUAGUAUCGAAAAUAAAAAAUCGCCGGCAUUAUAGCAACUAGACUUACAAUAAGCCACUCUUAGAGUUUGAAACUAUGAGUUUCCUAAGUUUUAUUAGUAUUAAGUACUUACAUGCAUUUGAACUAUAAAUGCUUUGCCUAAAGUUUCAGUUUCACCUGAAUCUCAGCAUUUUAAAUUAUCUUGUGUAGAUGUAAAAGACAUUGCUGCUACGAGAUUAUAGUGACAGAUAUAUAAGGGUUUUUUGUUGAUAACUUAUAUUACAAAUUU